ACUCCUCGCCUGGUUCCGGUUCCGGGGGAGAAGAGGCAAACGGAAGCCAGCAGUACCUGGGACUGAGUCGGCCGUGGCUAUGGGGGCUCACUUGGCCCGCCGGUAUUUAGGGGAAUCGGAGCUAGAGCCCGACCCGUCCGGCGCGUCCACCUUCGAUCCCCUCUUUGGCUUCCCCGAGCGCAAGGCACGCGUGAUGGUAGCAACACAUAAACAGAUGAAUGAUGCCCAGAUUCCUUACAAGUUCCGGGAUUAUUGUGCCCAUCAUUACAUAAUGUGGCAGAAGUGCAAACGUGACAAAUUUCCUAAUUCCAUCAUAGGGUGCAAACAUGAGGAGCAUCAGUGGAAGUACUGUGAGCAUCUGGAUUACGUCAUGCGCAUGAAGGAAUUUGAACGAGAACGGCGUUUGCUGGCUAGGAAGAAGCGCAUUGAAGAAAAGGCAAAAGCAGGAGCAGAAUCCUAACUAGUUUUGGGUGCUUCUCCUCUCAGAAGAAACUUCUGGACUUGAUAUAUUGAAAACAAUAAAAACAUUAUUCUGCAGUUGGGUCUCAGCUGUUGGCUGUGGUUCCUACAAUGAAAUGAAUGAAUGCCCAUCUUGGACCUACAGCUAAUAAAUGUUCAUACAUGUCAA